GCAAGCGGAGCCCGGAGUUCGGCGGUGUCCAGGUCGGGCAUGCUUUGUCGCGUCUCCAGUCGGGUAGCAGGCCCGGGCUUUCGGCGGGGAGUUGUGGAAGUGUGCACUUGUAUUUCUUUUUGGAUCUUCGCUGGUAGUUGAAAUUGCUUGGCGGUCGUUUAACAUUUUAUUCGGAAUGAUGGAUUUCCUUUGGGGAAUACGAACGGUUACGGAAGAAACGUUGUUUCUAAAAGAAAUGAAUAGAAAUAACCCAUUUUGAAGAAGCCAUGGCAAAAUCAAAUAUAAAACACAGAGUUUGUUCUCGGGAAUCUUCAGUAUCUUCUCUGUUAGCAAGCUGCAGCCUGAGUGGUAGUAAUUCCUCUAACCCUGAUGGCUCUUUUCAGUAUAAGGAUAAACUGUACAGUUCUGCAUCUCAGGCUCUACAGGCCUAUAUUGAUGAUUUUGAUCUAAGCCGAAUGUAUCCUGGUGCGAACACUGGAAAGAUUAACAUUGAUAACUGUUCUGCUGAUAUACCGGAAUUCUCCAACAAUAUUUGUAAACCAAACAAUGCUGUUGAGACUUUUGAUCACAAAAAAGGCUUGUCCAUACCUUACAGAUGGCCGACUAUUAAUGACAUAGACUCCAUUAGCCUAACAACUGACGAUCUAUUAAAACUUCCAGCAGAUGGAUCAUUUUCUUUCACUUAUGUUGGAUCAGGUCACCGAAUUAGCAAGAAAAGCAAGAAAUGCACUAGAAGACUGAGUUCCUCAAACACUGGAAAGAAUCAAAAUAUUCAAGAACCCUCUACUGCCAUGGGCAAGGAUAACUUAGUUACUCCAGUUGUAUACACAAAUAUAAAUGGAAAGCAAUGUGGUAGGCUAAAAAACCCAAAACUUGUGAGUAAGACUAAUAAAUGCAUUUCUGAACCAUCUUUAUCUUUUUCCAAGAAAACAUCUUUCAAGGACAGUUCAGAACACAAUCUUGAAAAGAAUUACCCAAGAUGGCUCACUGGCCAGAAGUCUGACCUUAAUGUUUCAGGGAUUACUAGUAUACCUGAGUUCAAAUACCCAGUCUGGCUCCACAAUCAAGACUUGCUGCCUAACACAAGUAGUCAAAAGACUUAUAAAAUAUUUAAAGAAGAUCAGUGUCCCCCUAGACAUAGUUAUCAGGCACAAAGAACUUCUCGGCUUAUGAACAAAUUAGAUUGUUUUGAAUAUUCUUUUGAACCCUCAAACAUUUCACAUUUUUUGAGUGAUGAUAAAGGAUUAGUUAAUGAAUACAAAUGUGAUUCUACAUGUAGCCAGUGUCAGUGUGAGAAUCCACUUCUCCCAGGACAAUCCAAAAAGCCAUUCAGUGGUGACAAAAUUGAAUUGCUUAUCCUGAAGGCCAAGAGAAAUCUAGAGCAUUGUACUGAAGAAUUACCAAAGUCUUUGAAACAGGACGACAGUCCUUGUUCGUUAGAUAAACUUGAAGCAGAGAGAUCAUGGGAAAAUAUUCCUGUUACUUUCAAAUCUCCUGUUCCUGUUAACUCUGACGACGGUCCUCAACAAGCUUCAAGUGCAAAGUGUGCUGAAGGGUUCCCUGAAGACUUUUUAAAUAAUGAUAAUCAGAACUGUACCCUUUCUGGAGGAAAGCAUCAUGGUCCUGUUGAAGCCCUAAAACAAAUGUUAUUUAAUCUUCAAGCAGUACAAGAAAGUUUUAAUCAGAAUAAAACCACAGAGCCAAAAGGAGAAAUUAAGCAAGUGUCAGAAGAUGAUUUCUCCAAAUUACAAUUGAAGGAAAACAUGGUUCCUAUUACUAGGUCACUGCAAAAGGCUUUGCAUCAUUUAUCUCGCCUGAGAGACCUGGUUGAUGAUACCAGUGGAAAACAGUCACCGAAAAUGUGAAGAGGAAAAUAAAAGUCUAACCAAUAAAUAGUCACGACAGAACAAAAAUGUGUUUUUCUUCCUAUUGCUUAAACUGACAAAAUAAUAAGCCAUACAUUAUUCUGAUUGGUUCAAGUAUUAUACAUUUAAAAAACAAACAAACUUGAAAAUGUCUGUAGGUUUUGUGACCUAUCCUCAUUUUGUGCCAAAAUACCAGAAUGUGAACUGGAAGGACUUACACCAUGUCCUACAGUCUGACUUUGGACUUCAGGUCAGCAAAUGUCUAAUAUUCAAAGAUGGACGAUUUCUGUUCUUGAAGCUCACAUGGACUUAACCUUCAGUCCUCAUCGUUUUAUCACCUGGUUCUGGAUCAUCAAGAAACUCGCACUGGUUUCUAGCCAAAAGCUCUUAAGUGAAAUAGACUUUUGAUACAGUUAGCAUCCACUUUUGAGGAGCUUAAAGGACUAUCAAAAUUGUUAUGGUGUAUCUUAUCGAUACAGAAGUAUGUAAAGUUUCAUAAAUCAAAUAUUUAAGAUAUGUUGUGUUUGCAGAUAACAAUUAUGGGGCGGUUCAAUGCUAAAAGAAAUACGGUUUUAUGUUGUAAAAUCCAGGAGAACCUCAUUUAAUUAAUGCUCUGAUUUUGAUUUUCUGUAAGAUAAUCUUGAUAAUACUUGACAGUUUACAAAACAUUUGGGGAGGGGAUAUUUGAGAAUUUAAUAUUUUAAUAUUAGAUUAUUUCCCAGAUUUUAAUUUUGGGGUUAGCUCGAACUAGUAAAAACUAUGAGAUCAGUGACCAAUUAAUUGCUUUAUGAAAUUUUGUAACUAAAAGAAAGUGAAUAUGGGAAAUCAGAAAGCAACACUAUUUUGAAGCUAUUUUGUUAAGAGCUGGACUAACUUUAAAGCAAUCUGUAGUCUAAAGUUUGUCUCUACCUGAAAGUGAACAGAGCUCUAUAAUUUUGCAGUUUCUACCAAGUGAAUUUCUAGUAAGCAGGAAACAUGUUUAUCAGAAAGCUAAAAGUUGUAAAGUGUGACUAAUGAAGCAUAUUAAAAAGCCUGAUGAAAUUAAAGAAUAUCUGUUUAUAUAUGCAAAUACUACAAAUUAACACUUUACCCAAAUGGCAACAUCUUUGCUAAGUAGCUUUAUUGUCAAAUAGGAAUUUCUAAGUAUAUUGGGUCAAAGAAUUUGCUUUUUCCCCCCAUCCAAAUUGAAAGCACUAUAUGAGAACUUUGUUAUAGAAUUUGCAUGUCAAAAAACGUAGAGUGAACCUGUUUUUUUUCCUUGGACAGUGAGUCAAGAGUCGUCAUACUGUUCUUUUUGUCCAGUUUGAGUCACUACAAUAAGUUUGUUUUGUUUUCUCUGUGGAGGUAUUUCUGCCAGUGACACUCUAUUUUCUUACUGUGGUCUUCUGCUUCACAGCUAAUAGUUUGUAUAUAAUCAAACAAAACUUUACUUUGAUGAUUAAAAUAAGGCUAGCUAUUAAAAAUGCAGAUUUUAAGUGGGUGAACAUCAGGUGAAUCUGGGUUGAUCGCUCUCCAGGCUUAGUGAAAUCCACUAUUAGACAGAUUCUAAAGAAGGCGGAGAAGAUAAAGAUAUCAGUUAAUAAACUUCUAGUUACAUAUUAUAUGUUGAUCAGAUAAUAAUACGUAGUAUACUUAGAAAGCAUCUCCAAAGGGAUUAUGCUGUAAUGGCUCUGAAUAGCACUGAUUUAUAAGAACAUUUUUAAGAAUAUAUCUCCAUACUAAAGAAGACAAGCCUGCUCUAAAAAUUUAUGUUACAACUAAUGUCUUAAGAAAUUUGAUUAUAUUUACCAAAGGAGUAUUUUCCUGUUGUUAAAUGUAAACCUUUAGUCUUUUACCUAAAAAGGGAAUAAACUUUUCAAAUGAUUAAUUUUAACCUUUUUAAAAAAAUACAUAGAGUCAACUAAGAAAAAAACCUAAAUGAUAAAUGUUUAAGAAAUUAAAGAAUUGAUGUAAUUAAAUGUUACAUAUUUCAGUAUUUUUUAUUUUGAGAUUUUCAGGGGGAAAAAAGACUACAGUAUUGAGACUGCUGAAUUGGGAAUUUAAAGCAGAUAAUGAGAACAGUUAGAUUUUAAAAAUUGCAUUGUGAAUAUAAAAUUGUAUCCUUUUAGAUAUAUUGAGAAAUAGAAAAAAUAUUUUAAUAAGAUUUAAAAUUUUUAAUUGGGUAUGAAAAACAUUUAACAAACCUAAUUCCAAAAAUUAUUUGAUACCAAGGGAUAAAAGUGUGGUGUAUAUGUGAAAAUUCAAAACUCAAGUAUAUUUUCUUUAUUAUCAAUAAGAACUGUAAGUUUUUUUUCUGUGAAAAUUCAUUUCAUCUUCAUAAAGAUUUCUGACCAAAUUGAGGAAUUUUGUCUUUUGGGGUUUGAGUUUAGGUCUCGUUAUUUCUUGUUGAAAUUAAUAAAUGUGGAUUUUUUUGUAUUUUGUAUUUAAUGUUUAUGAUAAUAUCAUAUUGUUAUGCCAAAAUUAUAUAUAGUUAUACCAAAACGUUGCCUGAAGGUGAAUCAUGAAAAGAUUCUUUUCCCCCACCUGUGUUUUGAAUACAUGAAACCACACGUAGAUUUGAAUUUUUGUUUCAUUUUUCCUGUUGUACUUUUCACUGUGUCUCAAAACCUAUUUGCUGGAAGUGCUGCAUGAAGUGAACUUGCCAAAAGUCAAGUAGCAUGAAAAGGAGACAAAAGAAGCCAAAAAGCCAAUAAAAUUGAUA